AUAACGAGUACAGCCAUUAGAGCCAUCGGACUCUUCCAGAGGAGAGAAGAACAACUGGCAACAACAGAACAACAGAAGCCUUACUUACAUUUAUCUGCCUGCGCACUUCAAUAAAGAAACUUCCAGACAAGUUAUGGAGCCUAAAACGAUUGAAAUGGCAGCCCUGGGAAGGGCCCUGUAUCCUGGCAUGUUGUAUGACUGCCGCAGAGAUUCUUUCAUCCCAGGUGUUACUCUAUGGAAUAAACAGUCUUUGUCCAAGGAUUUGGAUGUGCAUCGACAGCCCAAGACUGAUCUGAAAUUUGUUGCUUCUGACUCACUCCAGGAUAAGGCCAGUGUCCUUGACAUCAGCGCCUCCCUCAAAGCCAGCUUUCUGGGUGGUUUAGUGGAGGUUGGAGGCUCAGCCAGAUACUUGCGUGACAAGAAGUCCUCAGACCGUCAGUCUAGAGUUACUAUGCAGUAUAGCCAGACAACAAGAUUUGAGCAACUUACUAUGACCCAGCUGGGCAAAAUCUCCUACCCUGAGGUGUUUGAGCAGAAGACCGCCACUCAUGUUGUUACAGCUGUACUGUAUGGAGGUCAGGCCUUCAUGGUGUUUGACAAAACAAUCUCUGAGAAUGAGGACAAACAAGAGAUUGAGGGAAACCUAAGGGUAAUGGUUAAGAAGAUCCCUUUAUUUUCCAUAGAGGGGCAAGGAGCUCUAAAGAUGAAUGAAACCGAAAAGAAACUGGCUGAUAAUAUCAGCUGUACAUUUUAUGGUGACUAUGAGCUCGAGGAGAACCCCACCACAUACAUGGAAGCCUUGCAGCUAUACAAGAAGCUGCCAUCGUUGCUGAGGCAGAGGGAGAAUGAUGCUGUGCCUGUGAGGGUUUGGCUCCAUCCCCUGGCACGUUUGGACAGUAAAGCAGCUAAGCUGGAGAGAGAAAUCGGAGCAACGCUCAUAUCUAAAGUCGAAGGCUUGUUGGAGGAGCUGGGAGAUGCAGAGAGGAGAUGCAAUGAUCUGGUUCAGAACACAGCAGUAAGUGAUUUCCAGGAUGUGGGGGAAAGGCUGCACAUAUUUCAAGAAUCGUUUGGUAUCUACAAGGUGUUGUUACAAAAAGCUCUGGCCAGUGUCCUUCCUGCUAUUCGGGGUGGGGAGGCAAAAGAGAGUUCACUGGCUGACAUUCUGACUACCCAUGCCAACUCCCCCUUUAGGGCUAGCAAGCUAAAGCAGUGGUUAGAGAAUGUUAAUGGUGAACUAGAUCUGCUGAGUUCCUACACCAGGGAACUGAGUGAAGUCCCGAUAAUCACAUCCGCAGCCCAGUUCAACAGCAUCCUCUUCAGUCCCAUGGUGGAUACAGUCAUAUGCUUCUCCUUCACUUCUGUGAAGUAUGAAGAUCGAUAUCUGCAAACCAUAACAGAGUUCCUGACAGCAGAUCCAUUUGAAAAGCAGUCAACAGUCCCGAAAUCAAGUGACCAAGACAUCAAGCCUUGGUUCAGCAAUCCUGAAAUAUCUAAGAAGAUGAAAGAGAACCUUUCCCUCUUCAAAAGUUUUUUUAAUGCCAAUAAGGAUAAGAAGACAGCCAAGUUUGUCAUUUCAUCAAUCUCAGACCCCUCCAAUCCUGGCAUCUCCAUCCGCCUGUAUAAACAAGAGAAAACAGUGGAUGACCACUUUCAGCCAGUGUCCAAGCCUCCUGCUCCCAGCGUGGACAUUCAGAAUAAGAAUGUGAUUCUGAAGCUUCAGAAGUCCCCAACUGGAGUGACAAGGCAGUACAGAGUGGAAUACAGAAUAACACAGCCCGAUGCUUCAAGAGCUGAUGGUGGCGCUUGGGAGACCAUAGACACUCCAGAUGCAAAGGAAACCUUCACUUUAACUGGACUGCAGCUGGCCAACCAAUACUGGGUCCGGUACAGAGCGGUCAGUGAUGUGGGAGUGAGUGAAGCCAGUGAAUCUGUCCAGUUCUCCCUCCAAGGGAAAGUCACCGUUCCAGUGGGCAAGUCGUGGAACUGGACCUCUUCCUCCCUUUUUAAUGAACUAAGGAAGAAAAUAAUGACCAACUUGGGCGUCUCACGGUGGAGUCUGUCAACCAUCACGUCAGAAGUUUCAACUCAGCUCAGCGAUAUUCGCACUCCUUAUGUAGGCCCAAUUUCUGGAGGGCUGAGACCAGGAAUGGCUCUGUACUUCCAAGGGGUUGUUAAUCCAGAUGCCAAUGAGUUCGUCAUAAAUCAUAAGCUAGGACCGAAAGAUGGCGAUGACAUUGCUUUUCACUUCAACCCCCGUGUCAACAACUCAACUGUUCGUGACAGCUUCAGAAACGGAAAGUGGGAGAGUCCAGAAGAGUCUCAAGGGUGUCCCUUAGCGAGGGGAUCAGCCUUUGAUAUCUUCAUUGUUGUCAAAACAGACGGCUACGAGGCAUAUGUAAACGGCCAGAAGAAUUGCUUCUUCAAGCACCGAAUGCCAAUUGAGAAAGUGACCAUACUUAACAUCAAAGGAGAUGUCUUCAUGAACACCAUUGGUUAUGUAGCAAACUGGAGCACAUCCACUUUUGGUAAGGAACAAAGCCCAGGAGUCUCACGUGGGAAGUUUUCCCAGAUCCAGUUAGGAGUGCCAUAUCCAGUCUGCAACCCUAGCAUACCUUUUGUGGGACCACUCAUUGGAGGGCUGAAACUAGGACUGGCUUUGUUCUUCCGAGGUGUUGUUCCUUCAGAUGCCAAUAGCUUCGCAAUAAAUCUGAAGACUGGGCAAAGGGACGGAGAUGACAUUGCAUUACACUUCAACCCCCGCGUUGGGACACCCUCUGUUGUGCGCAACAGCUUCAGAAAUGGGCAGUGGGAGAAUCCAGAAGAGACCUCAGGGGGUCCAUUUGUGAAAGGAGGAGGCUUUGAUUUGUUCAUGGUUGUUAAACCAGAAGGCUAUGAGGUAAUCGUGAAUGGGUACGUUUACUGUAUGUUCUGGCACCGUAUGCCAGUGGAGAGUGUGUCUGCGCUUCAUAUCCAUGGAGACAUUUUCAUGACCACCUUUGGCCUCAUUGAAGUGGACAAUGUUAAUAUGAAGGUCACCAUGCCUGCCCAUAUUUGAGGAUAUUAAUCAUCUCCAUUAAGUUUGUUUUUUCUUUAUGUUGUAUUUCAAUAUCAAAAUGAUGAUAUUGUUCUGCAUAACAUUAUGACCUCCUCCUUGUUUCUACUCUCAUUGUCCAUUUUAUCAACUCAAAUUAUAUAUAGGUGCACUUUGUAGUUCUACAAUUACAGACUGUAGUCCAUCUGUUUCUCUGUAUACUUUGUUAGCCCCCUUUUAAACUGUUCUUCAGUGGUCAGGACCCCCAUGGAUCCUCACAGAAACAAAGAGGUUAUCAUAAUGUCAUUCCUGAUCGGUGUAGGUAAUGAGGUUUUAGAUAAUAAUCCAGUCUUUCAGGUGUCUGCUGUUUGAUGGUUUAUCAAGCUGAGAGUUAAAGGUACACAAAUAAAGUUUUCCUAAUUUGAUGAAAGAUUGCACAUCACAAAAUAACCAACUUCUGUCAACGUAACUCAUGCAGUUGCUUCUGUAGCAUUUGAAAAACUUGUGCAUCUCUCCUCAAAUUUUCAAGUAUAAUGUGAAUGUUCUUUGCUUUCUCCUAUUGAAAAAUGACUCAAGUUCAGGGACAGGGUAUUAAUCCAGGCUUUAUGCUUACAAUAUAGAAUGACUCUUAUUUCACCUCUCUUUAAGGUAAGCAUAUCACUGCUGUUAGGAGAAAACCUCAUAUCUCAAUGUUUGUAAUUUAUUCAGUUUUUGACAUAAUUUGAAAAUGCCUGUCGCCCUUUACUUUAUGUGUAAAUUUCAUGAUGAAUGAACCAAAAGAAACAGCCUAAAACUAUUUAGAAAACAGUCUGGUUCACUGACUUACAUUAAAAGUAAAGUAUGUUUUUUCCUUCUCCUGUAAAGUUACCAUUUUGGAGAUACAAGGUUUUGUUCUGACAACAGUGAUAUAACAUUGCAGUGAAACUUUAUACACUGGUUAGGUUUUAAUGGCACAGCAUAUAUCUGCAGAAAGAUCGUGGUCUCAGGUUAUUUUAAUUUGUACAAAAAAUAUCAUUCUAGGUUAUCAAGAAUCUGCCCUAUGGAGACAAAAUAGAUAAUAUAUAGAUAAGCCAAUUUUCCACUGCAUGGUACAGCUUGACUCGACUAAACUUGUUUUUGGUACAAGCUACUUUGUUUUCCACUGCAGAUACAGUACACCCUCAAUGUAGCUGGUCACCACAUGAAACUGCCAAUACGUGAAGACAAAAUGUUGUUCAGAAGAGGCUGAUGGUACCAAGAUAAAAUUCUAGGAGAGUUUAUGAAAUAGUACAUCAGAGCUCAGACAACGAGACAAUUCUGGUUGCUCAGUGGUGAUGCAAGAAUACGCUAAUGUGGUUGCUAGCAUUAGCAUAUAUGUUUAGCAAUUCUCUCCAACCAAUCUGUAGUCACUAGUUUUUUUACAUCACCUUCUGGUAUCAGUUCAGCUCACUUGGAACCUCGACAGAGAAAAAAUUGUACCUGGUAUCAGGUACCAGGUACCAGAUUUGCCUAGUGGAAAACCAAAAAAAGCAAGUAGAGUCAAGUUGAGCUGGUACCAUGCAGUGAAAAAGAAGCUUUAAUGUAACUGUUAUUAACGCUGAUUAACGCUGGCAAAUUAUGGUUUUAUCACAAUCCAAAAAAUAAGUCAACACAUCCUCUAUAGGAAACAAACUUAAAUGUCAAUUUUUAAUGCACAAUUUAUAUGUACUUGCUGAGUUUUGAGGGGUAAAAAUUUUGGG